CUUACCUCAAAAACAAUAAAAUAUCUACAAAAAAAUUUUGUCUACAUGUUAAAAAAUUGCCUAAAGGAAGAAGAUUCAAUAAAACAGGGACUUUCUGCAAUCAGUAGGCAUCCAUUUGGCGACCAUUCGCAUUGUGAUCCCUCAUGGUGCCGAUUUCUAAGAAAUGGUCAUUCUAAAAGUUACAGCUGCCUGCCUUAUGGAAAACCGCUAACGGAUCAGCUGUUGAAAGUACAGAUUGAGCAGCUCUUUCAAAGCUAUAAACCCAAAGCUAAACACCUAUUAAAAAUUGGGUCUACACAACCAAACGAGAGUUUCAACAUGACAGUUGCUUCAAAGGCUCCAAAGAGUACAUUCUAUGGAGGGUCUGACAGUCUAAAUUUCAGAGUUGCUUCUGCUGUACUCCAAAAAAAUGAAGGGAAAACUUAUGUUGCUGAUGUUAGUGUCAUCCUUUUGUGUUUUAUGCUUGUGUUGUUUAUCAAAAAUUUGUUUCAUUGCUUUAUUACCAUUUACAUUAUUAUAAUUCACAAGAAGCUGAACCUAUCCCCUGGCAAAUAUACUUUGAAGAGAAGACAGUUCAUGGACAUAGAGAGUUCCACCAGAAAAGAAAAAUCAAAGAGUAAAGAAAGUAAGAGAAGGCGUUUACAGCUCAAACAACUUCGUUCUGGUCAAUACCAGGAAAUAAGAGAAGGCAAAUCUUAUGAAACUGAGAUAGAUCUUGCACCAGAAUUUGAAGCUCAUAAUGCUAGGGAAGAUGUGAUUGCACUGAAAAAAAUAUACGAGGUAACUUGCACUGACGCUACACCAUAUACAUUCUCUUGGAGCUAUAUUUCAGAAAGUCUUACUUACAGUAAACAAACCAAGGAAAACAUGAUCACAUGGCAACCAAUGAUUUCGUCAAAGGCAAUCAGUAAAUCAAUGGCAAGAAAAGCAAGUGCAAGUGGCUUAAAACUAUGUCAUGUUAUGAAAGCUCAUGCAAGAGAUGAAUCAGAAGGCAUAAAAAUUCUUUUUUCUGAAAAAAUGCUCUUCAUAAAGUCAGAGUAACACAAAGUAAACGAAUUAUUGACAGUGUGUCAGAGUUUCUGAAAAAUGAACAAUGAAACAGUAGCAGCAUAUUCUUGCUUUGAUGCAAAACUUUUCAGACUAAAACAGCUGAUUUGAAACGUACUUUGUCCAUUAUUACAUCAUUUUCUGAAAGGUAUAAUACUCUGAAUUCUGUCACACAUUUAAUGUUGACAAAUGAAAGGAAGAUUGCAUUUUGUUAUUGAUAUUCUUUGAAAAGAAUCAUAAACAGAAAUUGUUUUUGAAUCUAACUUUUAUGUACAGCUUAUGACAUUGUGCAACAUAUCUUUUAUAUUCUCUAGUACUGAGGUUCUUUGGAAAAAUGACUUUGUAUUUGUAAGUCAUAUUUAAGUAAUCAGUGCUGUUUUUUUUGUUGUUGUUGUUGUGCUAUGAUAAACCAUACAGUUCUGUCAAUUCAUUUAUGAUCUUUGAUAGUUGAAUAAUUAGUUUUGGCAAUAGUUAACUGUUCUUCUUUGAAAAUUUGGUGUCCAAUUUGGAAUUAAUAUUUCAACAAGAGGGCCAUGAAGGCCCUGUAUCGCUCACCUGACCUAUUGACCUAAAGAUCAUACAGAUUAACAU